UUUCUUUACCAUCGAUUUCAAUUGUCACUUGUCACUCUCUUGUCAAAUAAGAUCAAAACAAAAAAAGUUAACAUCUGUCAAGGAAAUUUGCACUAAAAUAAAAUUUUAAAAGAGUAUUUUAACAAAUUCAUUUAAAUAAAUUGUUAUGGAAGUGCGACUGGACUGAAAAAUGGGAUUCGAAAUCAAUAGAUUUCAAGGAGAUGUCGAUGAAGAGUUAAUUUGUCCUAUUUGUUCAGCUGUUCUGGAAGACCCCCUACAAGCUCCCGAAUGUGAACAUGUUUUUUGUAAAGCAUGCAUAACUCAAUGGAUAUCUCGACAACCCACUUGUCCUGUCGAUAGGCAAAAUCUAACUUCCGCACAACUCACACAAGUUCCCAGAAUUCUAAGAAAUUUAUUGGCAAGGCUGACCAUUAGCUGUGACAACGCUCAGUAUGGUUGCACUCGCGUUUUAAAUCUAGAUACUUUAAGUACGCAUUUAGAAGAAUGUGAGCACAACCCUAAAAGGCCGGUCCUGUGCGAACAGGGUUGUGCUUUAGUAAUUCCAAAAGACGAACUGAAAGACCACAAUUGCAUCAAAGAAUUGAGGUCGCUCAUCACGAAACAACAACAGAAAAUGAACGAGUAUCAGCACGAAUUUCACGAACUUAGGUUCUUUAUUCUAGAGCAAAGAAGAGAAAUGCAGUUACUAAAAGACUUUAUGAGAGCUCUAAAAACGUCGAAUCCUUCAAUGAGAGCCAUAGCGGAUGCUAUGGAUAGAGAUGCUCAAGAUAGAGAAGUCGUGAGGUGGAGUAAUUCAUUGCAAAGAGCUCGAGUAACUAGGUGGGGUGGAAUGAUAUCUACGCCCGACGAUGCCUUACAGAGGAUGAUCAAGAGAACACUGACAGAAAUGGGCUGUCCCAUACAUAUCCUGGACGAUUUGAUGGAGAACUGCCACGAAUGUAGGUGGCCUCCCGGUCUGUGUUCACUAGAAACCCGUCAAAAUAACAGGAGGCAGUAUGAAAACUAUGUCUGUAAAAGAGUACCAGGUAAACAAGCGGUAUUGGUGCUUCACUGCGAUAACCAGCAUAUGGGCGAAGACAUGAUGGUCGAACCAGGGCUGGUCAUGAUUUUUGCGCACGGAGUAGAAUAAAUGCACGAAUUUCUUUCAAAUCGUUUUCUCUAAAUACUUUUCUCGUCUCUUAUAAACUUUAUGUCUUACAUUCCUCGUAAUAUUAAAUUGUAAAAAUAACUAGCAACAAAAAACAUUAAAGACUGUGACAGAUAGUAUUGUCAAAUAUGAAAAUAAGUACCUAAAGGAAUCGGUGAACCUAAUCGGUUUUAGGUGCAGAUUGUAAUUUUAAAAUAUUUUAGAUAAUCAAGAUAUAGAUAAUUCAAAAUAAAAUGAAGAUAGGAAAUUAUUUAAGUAAUACUUGAUUUUAAUACAGUCGAAAAAAAAUGGCAUCAAGGUAGCCUUUGAGAUGACGAUCUAAAUUCCAUGAAUACUUUUUUGAAAAAUAAAUUAUUUGUUUUAUUAUAGACAAUUUUUAAUAAAUGACGUGUAUAGACUUCGGCCCGAUGGAAAUUAUCAUCGACUAUCACUUCAAUAGCCACUAUGACGCCGUUUUUUCUCGAUCAUAGUAGGUCAAUUUUUUGAAACGUUACAAAAGGUUGAGCUUUUUCAAAACUGCAAAGGUGUACUUAAAUAAACUAACCAAAAAUGUUAAAUAAACUAAAAUAAUAAAGUGAUCAGUGAUUAAUAAAAUAAAAUGGACUGAUCAAGAGAUUUUUUCUUAUACAGUAUUGAUAUCUUUGGAUAUCAUUAUGGCGGUGCUACUAAAGUACUGACUGCUUUUUAAAAAAAUGUUUUAAAUUAUUAAUUUUUGUUUCUUUAAAACUUCUGGUUUCCCCUGGUUUUAUCUCUUGCAAUGGUAAAUAUUUACCGUGCCGUCGAAUAAAAACGGCGUCAACUAGGCGUAGAAAUGUCAUUUCAUUUCAUGAUUUACUAUAUCACUAAAGCUCAUUAUAUUAGGUAUUAAAUAAAAGUACAAAACAUGUGUUUCAAAAAACAUGUACCAUCUCUCGUGGGGAGAUUCCUCACGUAAAAACAUAGGUCCGAUUCUGCUUUGUUUUGUAGGUACAAAAGGUUAGUUAUCAUUUUUUUUCUUUCGAUUUGUUAUAAUUUUGUUGCACGAUCUUUUAACGAUUUGAAGGAAAUUUUGAGGGUAAAAGUUACGAUAAGAGCUACAUCUUUUAGUGCUGAAAAGGUGUAGAUACAAUCACCAGGGGCGUGCAUAUGGAUUAUCACUGGAAUAUUUAUCUAAAAAAACUAUACGCCACUGACUUUUUUCUCUUGUUAGCACAGCUAUGGAGGUCUAUUGAAACUUUUAAAAAAUAGAUCAUUAUCUGAAAUACCAUUAUUUUUUGGAAUGUACUGUAGGUAUUGCUACACACUGAACAUCAGUGUUCUAAAUUUUAAUAAAACUAAGUAAUAUAUUUGAUUAAGUAAAUAAUUUAUUAAUUUUAUUAAUUGUGAUUAAUAAAAUUACGUUUAUCUUAUCAAAAAUAUCAAGAUAUAAUACAACUUUGAAUGGGCAUUAAGCGGUCAACACAAUUUUGCUAACAAGAGAAAAAAAGUCAGUGGUGCACAUGUGUUUUUAGUAAAAUAUUCUAGUGAUGAUUUUUAUGCACGUCCCUAGUGCAUCUGUCGACACCUUUUUAUCACUAAAAUAUGUGGUACUUAUAUUAACUUUUACCAUCAAAAUUUCAUUCGAAAAUGCCAAGAUUCUAAUAAAUCGAAAACAUGUUUUUUAAAACAUCCUGUAUAUCCAAGAGGAUCAAAUGUUGCAAGCUAUUACUAUAUUGUUUUUUUAAUAUUCCUAUAAAUUAUAUUCGUAAAAAUCCUAAAAAUAGAGAGUUAUGAUGGGAUUGGAAACAUUGUAUUGGAAACACUGUUAUGUAUUUUCUUUACCUUCAGCGCUAGUGGAAAUGUAAUUUCUACGCCUACUAUGACGUCUUUUUCGUUACUUUUUUUUCUUAAACCUUUUUAUAUUUGAAAUAAUUUGAUAUUGGUGCGCGCGUUUUAUGUGGAUCUCGAAUGAAUGCCAAGGUCACGCAAAAAAAUUGGAAGAGAAUCAUUUAGAUUUGGUGUUACGC